AUGUGUGGGGUGGAUGGAUGGUUUUGGUUUUGGGGGGGGGUGGUGGAGAUGUGGGUGGUGGUAAAGGGUGUGAUUUUAAGUAAGAGUGGGGUGGAAAUGGUGAGGGGGGGGUUGGUGGUAGUGGGAGAUGGUGGGUUGGGGGGUUGGGUGUUUUGGGUUUGGGUUGGGUGGGUGGUUGUGGAAGAGGAAAAAAGUGAGGGGGUGGGGUGGAAGAUGUAG